GUAAAUUUAAUUUAGUCUUGUCUGUGAAUGAAGAGAGAACAGAAGUCUUAAAAUGACACUAGCAGUAGUUUUCGCGCUAUCAAUAGUCGUUUUUGGACUUAUUUAUUUCUAUAUACAUAAAAGAUAUUCAUUCCUAGAAGAACAUGGAUUUCUCCAUGAAAAGCCAAGAUUUCCGUUUGGAAACAUGCAUGGUGCUGGCAAAAAGUUCCAUCCAAUACAAAUUUUUCAAAGAGGAUACAAAAAAUUUAAAAAUCAAGCACCGGCAUUUGGGCAAUACUUUUUCUUGGCUCACAACAUAGUAUUGACUGAUUUGGAUGUUAUUAAGGAUGUCAUGAUUAAGAGCUUUGACGUUUUCCAUAAUCGUGGGCUAUUUCACUCGAAGGAACAUGAUCCAUUGACUGCACAUUUAUUGACUUUAGAAGAUCAGGACUGGAGAAAUAUGAGAAUGAAGUUAUCGCCAACUUUUACGAGUGGAAAAAUGAAAGUUAUGUUCCAUACUGUCUUGGAUGUAUCCAAGUACAUGAUCAAAACACUUGAAGCCAAAUCAAAUUUAGAUACAGUUGAAAUAAAGGAAGUGCUUGCUCAAUUCACAACAGAUGUCAUUGGAAAUAUCGCUUUUGGACUAGAAAUGAAAGCUAUUGAUAAUCCAGACUCAAAUUUUAGGCUAAUGGGAAGAAAGAUUUUUGGUCGAAAUUCAAAUUUCUUAAUUCGAUUAUUUUUCCUCACAAGCUUUCGAGAUUUGGCCAAAAAUUUAAGGUUAAAACUUCUUCCAAAUGAAGUCUCAGAAUUUUUCAGAGGCAUUGUCCGCGAAACUGUUGAGUACCGCACACAGAAUAAAAUUGAGCGUAACGAUUUUCUAGAUUUACUUUUGAAAGUCAAGGAAGGUCAAUCAGAUGAAGACAUUUUAACCAUUGAUCAAAUUGCUGCACAAUGUUUCUUAUUCUUUAUUGCUGGGUUUGAGACAUCAUCGAGUACUGCUACAUUUGUGCUUUAUAAUUUGGUGCAACAUCCAGAAAUUCAAGAGAAAGUGAAAAAUGAAAUUGAAACUAUUGUAGCUAAAUAUGACAAUAAAGUGACUUAUGAUGGAAUUGUGGAGAUGAAAUAUUUGCAAAUGGUUAUUGACGAGUCCCUAAGGAUGUUUCCACCAGUGCCUCAAAUAAUCAGAAAACCAUCAAGAGACUAUAAAAUUCCUGGAUCUGAUUUGGUGAUUCCAAAAGGAUCACUUGUGAUUAUACCAAACUAUUCCAUUCAUAAUGAUCCAGAAAAUUAUCCAGAACCAGACAAAUUUGAUCCAGAAAGAUUUAGCGAAGAAAAUAAGCUAAAGAGACAUCCAAUGACAUUCCUUCCAUUUGGUGACGGUCCAAGAAACUGUAUAGGUUUCCGUUUUGGACUCAUGCAGACGAAAAUAGCACUAGUACAGCUUCUACUUAAUUUUAAAUUCUCUACAACCCCACAAACCCCAACUCAUUUAGAAAUCGACCCUUCAAUUGCCACAUUAUCAUCAUUAAACGAUAUAGUCUUAAAAGUUGAAAAAAUAUAAAUUUAAAAAAAUAUCACCGUGGAGAUUACGUGUGGUUAUGACUACAUAUGUUUCCACUUUUGUUAUUCAUGUUUUUUAUACAAGUCACGAUGAUCAAAACAAAAAUGAUUUUUAAAAGUCAAUGCCCAAUGUCAUUAUCAAUUAUCUUAUUAUAUGCCUAUCUAGCUGGCAGAUUGUGUAAAUAUUUUUAUACGAACACAGUUUAAAUUAGCAGAGAUCAAAACAGAGAAAAUGCGACUCAAUUUUGGGAGAGAAAAAUGAGAGCUUUGAGAGAAUAAACUUUGCUUAAGCCGGGUUUUAAUUAUGUCUUGUUUACGCUUCGGAGUUGGAGAUACUUAACACACUAGGUUUAAAAGAGAUGAACAUAUAAUCUGUCUACAAUAAAUGGUUACAAUAAAGUUGAACUAGUUUCAAUUCAAAAGCAUUAGUUGAAAAUCCGGAAAUGAUGGAACUGAAACCUUUGAAUAAAAUAAGCUGUCAUCCUUGG